AGCUAUUUUGCCCUUGUCUGUGUUGUUGUCAUUGCUCUGCUUCUCUGAACCGAGAGCACGAUCCUCUCAGUCCUUGUCGUGGGAAAGACUGAAAGACUGAAAUUACAUCGCUCUCAUGGUGGACUAUUUUGAGCUCCCAAAGAGAGUGGCAGAGGGCAGACGGCAGGUUCUAGUGACUCGUUCGUACUUAGAGCAGGAGAACCCCUCUCGCCCCGGCACGUCUGCAGCCUUCAUUUUUACUGCUGAAGCACUUUGCGAUCGUAACGAGGAGAGGAGUGGAAGAAUGCUGUGUGCCACAUCGCCAGAACUGGAGCCGGAUGACAACACAUCAUUCUACAUCCUAAAUGUGGGCCAGCCCCAGUCUAUGGUCACUAACCACCAGUCUAUUAGCCUGCCUCGUCAUGGCAUGCAGUCUCACUCCCAGGUCAUCAGCACUUCCCCACGCCUUCAGUCACACAAACUAGGAUCUGAGCCUCCAAGCUAUGAGGCACAAGACUCCAAGUAUGGCACCUCCCCCCUGCUGCCCUCUGCUCCUGUGGAGGCACCGAAAGCCUUUGAGUGCCCCAGUAUCCAGAUCACCUCUAUCUCCCCUAGUUGCCAGCAGGAGAUGGAUGCCAAUGAGGAGGAUCUGAGGGCCAAUGGCCCCGAUGGGGACUACCAAGGCGAUAGGCGCCUGUCCAGAGACCACCUGUAUUUGCGGCUGGACCACUCAUACCGGGACUCUUCGCUCAGCCCUAGCCCAUGCAGCAGCCUCUCCUCUAGGAGCUGGUUCUCUGAUGCCUCCUCCUGUGAAUCAUUCUCACACAUCUAUGAUGAUGUUGAAUCAGAGCUAAAUGAAGCAGCUGCCCGGUUUACCCUGGGCUCUCCACUUACUUCCCCAGGCUGUGCCUCCCCUCAAACCGGUGGUGGAGUUCUGGAGGAGCAGCCCCAUUGGCAGCACCACCACCCUGCCUUCGUGCACCACUCCCACUCUGUCAGCCUGUCACCACGACAGUCCCCCUGCCACUCGCCGCGCACCAGUGUCACUGAUGAAAAUUGGCUUAGCCCUCGGCCACCUUCCAGGCCCUCCUCACGUCCCACCUCACCCUGUGGGAAGAGGCGUCACUCUAGCGCAGACAUCUGCUAUCCCGGCUCAUUGUCUCCACAUCACUCACCCACACCCACGCCAGGACCUUCACCUAGGGGCAGCGUUACAGAGGACACCUGGGUUGGCAGUCCUUCAGUAGGCAUGUCACCCUUCCAGUGCUGCCCGUCUGAAGCAGACAUCCCAUCCAAGACAAGGAAGACCUCACAGGAUAGAACAGCUAUGCAGUCUGGGAAAGGGGAGCUAGUGCUAGAUGACCAAGGAAAUAUGUCUCCUAAUCUAGACUCUCCCUCAGAUGAGGCCAUGCACAGCCUGAAGAAGGAUGGGCCUGGGGAACAGUUCCUCUCAGUCCCCUCCCACUUCUCAUGGAAUAAACCCAAGCCCGGUCAUACACCUAUAUUCAGAACGUCCUCACUGCCUCCCCUUGACUGGCCGCUGCCAAGCCAGUUUGGCCAGUAUGAACUGAAGAUAGAGGUGCAACCCAAAGCCCACCACCGAGCACACUAUGAGACUGAGGGCAGCCGAGGAGCCGUCAAAGCAGCGUCCGGUGGCCACCCAAUCGUCAAGCUCAUUGGCUACAGCGAGAAGCCCGUCAACCUGCAGAUGUUCAUCGGAACAGCGGAUGACCGUUACUUGAGGCCGCACGCCUUCUACCAGGUGCACCGGAUCACCGGGAAAACCGUAGCCACGGCCAGCCAAGAAAUUCUGGUCUCCAGCACCAAAGUUCUCGAAAUUCCUCUCCUGCCUGAAAACAACAUGUCAGCCAGUAUCGACUGUGCUGGCAUCCUUAAGCUGCGGAACUCAGACAUUGAGCUGCGGAAGGGGGAGACGGAUAUAGGAAGAAAGAACACACGGGUCCGCGUGGUGUUCAGAGUGCACAUCCCCCAACCCAACGGGAAGGUGCUGUCGCUGCAGGCUGCCUCCAUCCCUGUGGAGUGCUCCCAGCGUUCAGCUCAAGAGCUGCCCCAGGUUGAGAAAUCCAGCCUGACCAGUUGUUUGGUCAGCGGAGGAGAAGAGAUGGUGAUCACAGGCUCCAACUUCUUCCCAGAGUCCAAGGUCAUCUUCCUGGAGAAAGGCCCCGAUGGACGACCACAAUGGGAAGUUGAGGCAAAAAUAAUGCGUGAGAAAACUCAAGGGUCGUGCAUCGUGGUGGAGGUUCCUCCCUACCACAGUAAGACUGUGGGUUCAGCUGUGCAGGUGCAGUUUUAUGUCUGCAAUGGCAAGCGGAAAAGGAGCCAAUCGCAACGCUUCACUUAUCUUUCAGUCAUGGUGAAACAGGAGCACAGAGAUGAGCUGGACCUUCCUGCAGUACCCCCUAUGUCCAUGCCCCUGGCACAUGCUGCCAGUCUGGUGCGCACCCAGCUGCCCUCUCCUGAGCAGGGCCACCCAUCGGACAACCUUCUGUCCAGCUCCCCUCACGGCCUGGCCACGGGCUCUGGACCCGGCCUGCUACCCCUGCAGGCCUCCUGCCCCUCCCUGGGCUCCCCAUCUUUCCAGCACCUGCCUCACCUCCAGAGUCGCGGUUUGCAUCACCCCCCUGCAGAUUGCCACAUGACAUUCCACCCAAGCUCUGCUCCUGCUCCUCUUCCAGCUCCUCUUCCUGCUCCUCCCCGACCCUCUUACCAGCUUAUGCAGCACAGCCACAAUCAUGGUCACAGCCUGCCCUUCAAUGGCCAGUCCAGCCUUCCUCCUCAGGCCUAUGAGAGGCUACCCUUUCAGCAGAGCCCCAACGCAGCAUCACACCAAGUGGGUAUGGGGAUGGUGUACCCCUCCUCCCCUUGCUCCUCACCGUCAGCUCCCUCCUCUUCAACCACCAAUCCCAUUGCUGGGUCUCCUCAGAGCCAACAACCCCUACUCACCCCCUCAUCCCCACACCUCCACACACUCGGUGGUUAUCACUGCUCUCCAAAUCCCACCCAGGUUCCCUCUCCCGGUGGCCACCCCCUGGUAGGGCAGCACUCCGCCCAGCUGCAGAGGGCUAUGGGCUACCACCCGGUAGGUCAAAGGUCAGCCUCUUGCCCCACACCGUCCAGUGCCCCUGCGCCGCGGAUGAUCCCAUCUCCACACUCCGGGCCUUCCUCCCCUCAGCUCCACUCGCUGCCCUACCAGUCUCCCACCUCCUCCUCCCCCACUUCUGGUGGCAGUCCUUUGGGGCCCCUUCAACAGCAGCCUUCUCCCCAGGCUACAAGUCCAGUCAUGACCAGCCUGUCCCCUGCAGCAGCAGGCCCUCUGGUUCACCCUCUAAGCCCUCAGGGACCAUUCCCUUUAGACGGGGAGAGGCUGAACAUCAAGCAGGAGCCAGAGGACAGGGAGCCCACUUUUCGCUCUAUCGGCCUGCAGGACAUCACGCUGGAUGAUGUGAAUGAAAUCAUCGGCAGAGACAUGUCCCAGUCCCCCAGCGCUCACGGUCCCCCGUCGGCACACAGCCAGUCGUAGCUCAGUCCUCUCACAGUCCCCCCAGCCCCUCCCCGACGCAGCUUUUUUGGCUCAUGAACGGUCCCCUCCAGCUCUUAACCUCCUGCAACGCCCACAGCACAAACAUGGACCCUGCUCCUGGCUACGGGUCCUGGUCCUGUGUGCGGGGACAAGAGAGCAAGAAGAGACAAGACUGUGGUCAAAGACUGAACACGGCUGGAGAUUCUGUUAAAGGCUUCAUGGACCUGCUAGACCACCAGCCUGACAAGAAGACACUCUCAUCUGAUUUCAUUUAGAACUAUACCGUUUCUCCUACUUAGAGACAAAGACACACAGCUCAAUUCUCAGAUGUCAAGGUCCCCUGUCCCUCUUCUUCAGGUGUGUGCCUGACCCUUCAAAGCCCCGCUGUCUGUGAGUUCAGAGCACUCACUUUUCAACACGACUUUCUGUAGCGGAGACGAGACAGCGGCGCGUGUCCUCGCCCCCCUUUCACCAGCAUUGACCUUCAUGAAUGAAGACGUCUUGAGAGGCACUUAAGAAUAAAAGCGAUUCAGGAGUGCACAGUGCUGCCACAGCGAGCCAGAGCUGGGAUGCAGAAGUUCUGUUGCAAUACUCUGAAGUUAAAUGAGUUUCUCAGACAGCAUUUUUUAAAGAAAUGAUCAUCAGUGUACUGCAACUCCCAGGAUGCCACACAACAUUCUGGGUUUGCCCGAGCGAACAGCAGAGAAAAAGGUGUGGUACGACGUGAGACGAUGUGGCAAAACUAAUCACACUUUGAAGCUGAAGACUUGUUGACCUUAAAAAAACCAAACUGAAUUAUUAUCUGUAAAAUUUGAUUCAAAUCAAACCAAACUGUCAGGCUAAGUAAGUGAAACUCCCACGUUUUUGUUUUUUUCCACUCAUGGCUUAGUGAUGACGACACUGUCCAGUCUGGGUUUUUUUUUUUCUUUCUUUUUUUUUUUGUCUCCCUUUUAAAUAAUGAAACCAUUCAGGUCUGGAGUGCAGGGGGCCUGGCAGAGAGGAACGAGCUCCUCUGGCGCUGCUCUGGGAUCUGCAACCUGCAACAUUCCACAACUUUUAGUAAACUUGCAGCCGUGUAGAUAUCUGUACAUGACUCCCCACCCUCUACCUCCGCCCCCACCCACCACCCCCUUCCCUCUCUCUUCCUCCUUCUGUCUCCUCUGUUUGUCCUCCCUCUCCUGCUUUUCUUUAUCGUCACGUUGAACAAAUGCCUUAUUAACAUUUAGCAGCUUUGAAUGGUAGCGAAAGCUUUUCGUCGUUGUUUUGCACAGCUGGCUUUGAGUUUGACUUUAAUAUUGUUAUUUCACAAACAGAUGUUGCGACCCGGGGUCGUGCGGCCGUUAUUACUCGUAUCCCGACGAGGGAUGAGUGGGAUUCAGGAGAGAGAGGUAGCCCCUCCCGACCAGUUUCAGUCAAAGACCUUUGAAGAUCCACGUUACAGAGAAGUGUUUUUAUUCCUCCUCAGAGACAAACAUCUGAAUUUUUUUUUUUUUUUCAUGCAAUAACUGCCCACAUCUCCCCGGGGGCCUUUGUGUGCCUUCUAUUUCCUAACAGGCACCAGCGUAGGUGACAUAUAAUGGGAAAUAAUCUGACUAAAGUUUUAAAAGUAUUUUAUACACAAGAAUGUCUAGACGAUGCAUUUUAUAAAUUGACCCCCCCCUCCUCCACUCUCUUAUGUAAUGAACAAGGUAAAAUCCCAAAGUCUAGAGAACAACAUCUGGAUGUGACAGGGUCUUCCACAUCCCCCCGUUUGCAACAAUCAAUAUUUGCUGUUCACAAUCAAAGACGCGACCUCUCCUCAACGGCGUGAUGUAUUCAAUCAUAUUUCCUGUUGUGACAGAUAUGCAGUGCCUGUAUGGCAGCAAUAAAGAAAAAGAGUAUUUUCAGGCAGGUUUUUCUAGUCAGACAUGACGAGGACGUGAACAGAUACAGAUUCUGGUUUGAAGAGUUCCACUGGCUUUUCCUUUUUUUAUUUUUUGCCUUAAGCUUGACAAUGAUGCUCCUGCGUGUGAGAGCUGAGGAGCGUCGCUUACGACGGUUUAAAGUCAGUUUUCCAGGUGAAAAUGAUUCUGCUAUGCAUUAAAAUUCUGCCUAAUGCCUUUAAUAAUGAGGGAAAAAAUUAAAAAAGACAAAAAAAAAAGACCUUGAUGCCUAUAGAAGUAGACUGUAGACUCAUAGAUGCUUGAUUGAUUCUGUUUGCAUCCUGGAUUUGUCCCUCAGCCAAUCUGCCUUGUCAAGGACACAUUACAAGCAUCUUAAUAGGUUCAGUUAUAAGUGUGAGUGAGUGAGUGAGUGAGUGUGUGUGUGUGUGUGUGUGUGUGUGUGUGUGUGUGUGUGUGUGUGUGUGUGUGUGUGUGUGUGGAUGGUUGGUGUUUGUACCAAAUAUGCUGUACAGAAGACAGGAAUUUUUGUAAAGGUCCUAUUUUCAACAACAGAAGCACACACACAUGUAUUUAGGCUAUGCAAACUAUAAGAAGCAAAAUGUGAGACAUGACGUUAAAUAUGAGAAAUGAGAUUAUAAACUAUUUGUAAUGGAAAAAAAAGAAACAUUCAGAUAGUGAGAGUAUCACAUCACUAUGUAAACUAUUAGGAUGCCUUAACUCUUGUUUGAAAACCAGUUUGUCGGUGUGUCUGUAUGCUGUUCUGGGUUGAUUAUUUUUUUCCAUGACUAAGACAUAAGUCAGCAAAUAUUAUAAUUAUUAUUAUUAUUAUUUCUUGUUUGUUUUUUUUUGGGGGGGGGGGGGGGGCACAGGGUGGACACUGAGGGUUAGGUGAGAGAAGGGAGAUGGCUAUAUAUGACUAUUUUUUUUUGCAUAUAAAGCUGGUUCUGCAGCUUGAAAGACUUGAGUCAAAAAAGAAAAUGAAACAAAACCAGCAUUGACAGUAAACUCUGGCUGCCGUCCUCUUCUGUCACAACCAAAGACCGAACAAUAUGUUCCCCUUUUUACGUUAUGGUGAAGCAACAGAGACUGUACAACUCUAUUUUUGAUACUUUGAAAUGGAUGUCAUUCCUAAAAAAAAAAAAAAAAAAAAAAGGUUGGGGACAUGUAUGAGUGUUGAGAAUAUGAAAUUGUUUUGUAAAAUAAAAAAGGGAAAUACAGGUUUAGCUGAUGUUUACCGAGCCUUGUAUUGUCAUUUCUUGUAUAUUUUGUAUGUUAAAAUUUUUUUUUUUUUGUAAUUUUUAAGACUGCAGUGCUUUUUGAAAUUAUUCAAAGGGAAUACCUUGCAUCAUACUGUAGGCUCUAAAGUAGUGUAUAUCAAUAAAACAGAAAACUCA